AUGUCAAUUAUCCAGCAACACACCAGCGCCACGCUGAGCGACGCAUGGCGCACGAUCGACAUUGACGCCCUCACCGAGGAGUCCAGCGUCAACUUCGACACCUCGACCCUCCGCCCCCCGCAACCAGAGAUUACCGAGGCGGAGGUGCGGCAGCUUGCGGGUCAGGUUAGGCAGCUCCUCCGCGGAGGCGACACCGAGGGCGCCCUGAGGGGGUGCUUGGAUACACCGGUCUACAAUGGAACUGAUGGUGCAAAGGAUGCGCACCUGCAAACCAUCCUCGAGGUUCUGCAGUCGAUCAAGGCGAGCGAGAUGAGCCCUUUGCUCAAGAGCAUCUACGGUUCCGAGGGCGGAAGCGAGGCACUCGAUGUGCUCGUCAAGUAUAUCUACAAAGGAAUGGGAGGAGGAGCCAACGGAGCUAGCAAGGUUACGCCUCAGUCGACUGGUGGAUUCAGCCAGUUUGCCUCACGACCAGGAACCACCGAACCCGCUGCUGCGGCGAUGAGCGUUUUGCUGAGCUGGCACGAGAAGGUCGUGGAAGUUGCUGGUCUGGGCUGCAUUACCCGCACAAUGACGGAUUGGAGGAGGGUGUAG